UUUUUUUUUUUUUUUUUUUUUUUUUUUUUUUUUUUUUUUUUUUUUUUUUUUUUUUUUUUUUUUUUCGGAUCCAUGAUUCUCAAAAAGGUGCGCUGAAAGAUCAUAGAGCAUCAGAUACCAAAGCGCGCGUGAGAGAGACCCUUUUUGUCGUCACCUCCAUCUGGACCCUGAAAAGCUCUGACCUGACGUCUUGCCUCCCAGUCUCACUCAUCAAGGGAGCAACACCACAACAAGUACCGGCUCUGCAAUCAUCAUGGCGCCUGCGAAGAGAGCUGCCAAGUUCCAGUCAAAGACUGGCGCUACCGCCAAGAACGGGGAUGGCAAGCUUCCCGCACCAUUCAAGAAGCCCUCCGAGGUCCUCCAACCCUUCAUCGACACGCUCUCCCCCAAGCAUGUCUACAUUACCCACAUCGACAACCACCCUGCCGACUUCAAGCGCAAGAUCUUUGUUGUCCCCGUGCUCAUGAACAUUGCCAUUGUCGGCCUUUUCUGUCUCCGCGUGUGGUGGAUUGUGCCCUACUACAUCCAGCUCCUGGCCAACGGUCUUGGCCAAGUGAACGAGGCUACCAUCAAGGUCGAGGAGGCAUCGUGGGCCGAACUCGCUUGGGAGAUUGGUGGCAGGGCGCUCAAUUUCUUCUUUGACUUUAUCCUGGUGGUGUUUGUCUGGCCCUGGCCCCUCGAGUUCGCGGCAGGAUGGAAGCAUGGAAACCCUUGCCAGUGGCGCUGGGUCGUCGGCUUUCGCCAGCAGGAAAUCUACGUUCGCCGCUCUCGCGAAUGGGACACUGCUCUCGGCAACAUCUUUGUGGACAAGGACUCGAUGAAGAUCCUGACCCAUUACAUUGCUGACGCAACGAACCCCAUGCGUCAGGAGCAGAAGACGGGCUACCUCCUCAUGAAUGGGCAGUGGGACCUCGACUGGGCCGGCAUGGUCACAGCACACACGCUGGUGGACAAGAAGGAGAUUGCCAUUCAAGCUUUCAACACCAUUGUCCUGCUCCACACCGAAGAGCACGGUUGGCUGCAGUACGACGUGAAGAAGCAGGCGUCCACAGCCGAGGAUGGGAAGCGGAGGCAGCUGUUUGCGUUCAGGGAUGCGUUGACACGGCUGGGGAAAGAGGAUCUCUUCUACCGAUGGGUGGAGCUUGUGCAGUACGAGGCCGACGCGCCGGGUGGAUUCACCAAGGAGAAGCAGGACAAGGCAGCGAACAAGAUCCGGGAGCUGUUUGAUAAGGAGGGUGUUGACUUUGAUCAGUUAUGGCGGGAUACUGUUGGUGCGGAUGCGUCCGCGCAGUUUUGAGCAAGGUUUUCCCGUGGGUAUGGCUCAGAAUUUCUAGGGCACUCAUAGGACGAGUGUUCUUUCGAUAUCGACAAUGAAGCAUUGUUCCUGACGACGAUUGGUUCUCUCGCGGCGCCUCGACUCCAUCUUCGGCAACUCGCAGAUUUCACUCGCGCUAAGGCUGUGUAUUGUUGAGGAAGCGUGAUGGUUAUUGACUCUGCUGGGCUAGGAAUACUGACCCAGGGGAUUGUACUUGUUGAGCCCACUUCUGUUUUACAUCAGCGAACGGCAAACACAAGCCUGGAAUAGGCUAUUUCAGACCUCACUUCCACCGGAUAUCACCACUGCUGGC